AUGGGCAAAAAGCUAUCUGUCGUCAAAAGCGUCAAAUCAGAGGACUACACUGCCCCAGGAAACGCCGUCAAUGAGAUCUGGGUUGGAGAUACAGAACUGAUCUCUCGUCUCCCGUUCGGCGACAACGACAUGGAGCAGGCUGGCUGGCCGGCGAACGGCGGGCCAAAGAUCCCGUGGCAUAACUUUAUUAUCCCCAUGAGACGAGACCUCGGGACUCCGAGCGUCACCAAUUCCAGUCCGCCUCUUGACUUCAGCGUCCUUGUUUCUCAAGUUCCUCUCAAUCAGAUGAUCUGUUGCCACCAGGGUGGUUGCAUCACCGACCAGGGGAUCACCAACACCGUCUUCACUUUUCAACUCGUCGCCCAGGAUAACUCGCGGUUUCAAUACGCCGUCACCCUGAUGAUUUUGGCCUACAUGGGACUCAUUAGCUGCAGAGAAGGCAGGCGGUUAGCUGCGGUACUGCCGUCGGGCCGCUACAUUCCAUAUCACGACCCAACCAGCUUGUGGGCUGUAGCCAAUUCUGCUGCGGCCGCAACGAUCCUAAAUGCAUGCGCCCUUGUUCUUGGGGUUUUGGCGAUUUCAGCCUGGUAUGAAGCCCAUAGAGUCUAUCGGUUCGAGACAGACGACUGGAGAUUCAUGGAGAACUUGGCGACAACCGUUCUGAGCACACAAAUGAUGGUGACCUCGUGGACUAUAUUGGUGGAUUGGUUGGAUGUUUGGAGGAUACUACGCCACCGCAACUGCAGGCGAGGUGAACUCCCAAUGGAAAUUACCAUCAACAUCAGAGAUGAGCCGCCGCACUACUCACCACAGAAUCCACCUGCCGCACCGGUUUAA